CAGGUGGCGCUGCAGCAACGCGGCUCUGCGUGGUUCCCUCGGCAGCGCUUCCGCCACUGCAGAGUUCAGGGUGCGACCAGCCGGUGCCAGAUCAAAAUACAAACAAUGGGCAAGAAGCACAAAAAGCACAAAUCGGAAAAGCACACCUAUGAAGAAUAUGGAGAGAGGCCUCUGAAGCUGGUGUUAAAGGUGUCUGGAAACGAAGUGACGACGGGAAGCUCGAGCCUGGACACGUUUUACGACGAGCAGUCAGCGGAUUACGACAAACCUAAAGACAAGAAGAAGAAAAAGAAGAAGGAUAAAGAUAGGAGCCUCGGUUCACCAGAGGAUGACAGAGGGAAGAAAAAGAUGACAAAAAAGAAGAAAGGACAAGAUGGGGAUGGAGACGAAGAUCGAGAGCAAAGCAGAACUCCCAUCCGUUCAGAGCUGGAUAAACUUGAAGAAAAAGAACAGACCCCUUUGCAAGAAGCAUUGAAUCAGCUCAUCAGGCAGCUCCAAAGGAAGGACCCCAGUGCGUUCUUCUCGUUUCCAGUGACAGACCUCAUUGCUCCUGGUUACUCUGCAGUCAUCAAACGGCCUAUGGACUUUAGUACAAUGAAGGAAAAAGUGAAGAAGGACUACCAGUCGUUGGAUGAGCUAAAGGUGGAUUUCAAGGUUAUGUGUGAAAACGCCAUGAUUUACAACAAACCUGAGACGAUUUACCAUAAAGCUGCUCGGAAGCUCUUGCGCUCUGGAAUGAAGAUUUUGAACCAGGAGAGGCUGGAUAGCCUCAAACAGAGCAUAGAGUUCAUGUCUGGCCUCGACCCCUCAGCCAGGCCACUAGGGAAAUUUGAGGAACAAGGAGGCAGCUUGGACCAGAACAAAGAAGGACCCAUGAUCACAGACACCAGUGAGAGCUCACAGACACCCAGCACACCCAGACAGGACAAGGACUCCAAGGACGAAGCAGCAAAGGCAGAAAAAGAGUUGGAGGAAAUUCGCAAGGUUAUCGAGGAGUCAGGCGGAAGGCUUUCCAACAGAGUGCUGGAGUGUGAGUUGGAGUUUGCCAGGCGGAAGUCUGAUGGCUCCACCACUCUUGCUAUCCUCAACCCAGCAGAUCUAUCAGCAGGAGAUGUUGGUUACUGUCCUGUCAAACUGGGUAUGAUGUCCAACCGGCUUCAGAGCGGUGUGAAUACCCUGCAGGGCUUCAGGGAGGACAAGAGGAACAGGAUUACACCAGUAUCUUACAUGAACUAUGGGCCAUUCACGUCCUAUGCUCCCACCUAUGACUCAAGCUUUGCCAACAUCAGCAAGGAUGAUUCUGACCUCGUCUACUCUUUUUUUGGAGAGGAGUCCAGUCUUCAGGGCUCAGACAGUUUGUCAGCGUUCCUGGCCAAGUCAGACGAGUACGUGUACAAGCUGGCGGACAAUCUCCUGGAUGCCGUGACAAAUGGCGAGCACUCAAAGUCUCUGAAGGAGUCGGAAACACAGGUGGAGGAGCCAACAAAGACAAAAGAGGACAAGGAUGAAAUGGAGGUAGCUAAACCUGACGCGUCGUGCAGCAGACUGGACUUCCUGUGCACAGCCGAGGAGCUCUCUGGAGAGGCCCUGCACUUCCAGCAGAAAUUGGACCAAACUACAAAGUUACUGUGCGACCUGCAGGAAGCACAGAAGGAGCGUCUGAGCUCCAAGCAGCCUCCCAACAUGAUCUGCUUGUUGGCCCCAACUGCCAAAGAGCUGGAGCUGGCUGAGAAGGUGACUGGUAACCUGGCAGACCUGACUGGUCAAGUAGCUCCGUGCGACGUCUGCAGCGUCUAUGGCAUCAGGAAGGCCAUGGGCAUCGCUGUACCUCCAGAACCGCCCGGGCCAUUGAUGGACCUCACUACAGUACAGGACACGGCUGAACCCAUGGAGACCUCGGCUGGCUGUCAGGAUGCAAUUCCAGUCAUCGCUGUAAAAUGAAAUUCCACCAACUUAAUCAGUUUAAUAACUUAAGUUUUGUACAAAAUGGUGCUUUUCGUGUGACAUUUCUAAGCAUUGCAUUCAAUAAAACUAAUUUUUUACAUAAA